UUGGUCCAUUUACCUGACCUUCCAAUCUUCCAAAUCCAACGGUCCACAUCGCAUCUUGCAGUUUCUCUCCAUUCUCCUAGGCAAUCAUCGCCUCUCUCUCCCCAAAUCACUCUCCCUCGCUCCCUUUUCUUCUCACCCAUUUCAGAACAAACAGACGCCCCUUUCUCAUCUCUCUCAGAUCAGAUCUAAAACGUUCUCUCUCUCUCUCUCGUCAUUUCCCUUUCUUCAAAACCACUACCAGUUCCUUCUAGAAACCAACAAUGUCUGUCACUCCGUCGUCUCGUGAGGAGAACGUUUACAUGGCCAAGCUUGCUGAGCAAGCUGAGCGUUACGAGGAGAUGGUCGAGUUCAUGGAAAAGGUUUCGGCCUCCGCUGAUAAAUCUGAAGAACUCACCGUAGAGGAGCGUAACCUUCUCUCCGUUGCUUACAAGAACGUUAUCGGCGCCCGUAGAGCCUCGUGGCGUAUAAUUUUGUCCAUUGAACAGAAAGAGGAGAGCCGUGGAAACGAAGACCACGUGUCUACGAUCCGAGAUUACCGUUCAAAGAUCGAGAGUGAGCUUUCCUCGAUCUGCGACGGGAUCUUGAAGCUGCUCGACUCGCGGCUCAUUCCCUUGGCUUCAACUGGUGACUCUAAAGUUUUUUAUCUGAAAAUGAAAGGGGAUUACCAUAGGUACCUGGCCGAGUUUAAGACUGGAGCCGAGCGAAAGGAAGCCGCCGAGAGUACUCUCACAGCAUACAAAUCCGCCCAGGAUAUUGCAAACACAGAACUCGCUCCAACUCAUCCGAUCCGUCUAGGAUUGGCUCUCAACUUUUCUGUGUUCUACUAUGAGAUUCUGAAUUCUCCUGAUCGCGCUUGCAAUCUUGCCAAACAGGCUUUUGAUGAGGCAAUUGCCGAGUUGGAUACCCUUGGUGAAGAGUCAUAUAAGGAUAGCACUUUGAUUAUGCAACUGCUCCGUGACAACCUCACUCUUUGGACCUCCGACAUGCAGGAUGAUGGAGCGGAUGAGAUUAAAGAAGCACCCAAGCCUGAAACUGAACAACAGUGAGAAUUUGAUUGGUAUAAUGAACUUCUCUUAUGUGUUUUUAAUAGGAGAAGAUGGUUGUUGUUAGUUUGUCUUGGAUAUUCGAAUCAUGGAUGUACUUACUAAGUUUUCUUCUUUUUUUAUUUUAACUUAAAAAAUUCUGUGUUUCUGAAUGUAUGUUUCUUUUCGUGGAGAUAUUGAAUCAUCUAUCUACGUGGUCUUGUUAA